UUUCAUGGUUUCCUAAGUGUUUUUCUUGUUUAUAAGAUAUCUAGUUUCGAUUCGCCGGCGACAGAACAAGGAGACAAAGGUCUUUUCCGAUCUGUUUCGUCGGUCGGAAAAAAGGAGAAAUCAUCUAAGCCGUCCGAUUUUCUUAAGGUGAUGAUUACACGUGGAAGCUUUAACGGUGAUGGUUAGAUUGAAUCACCGUGGACGCUUUUUGGUUUGGGAAUAAUUACCAUAUUGUCCCUCCUCUUCUAUUUCUGUGUUCCGAGAGCGUCCAAAUGAAGUAUGUAUGACCUGGUCAGCUCAAAUGUACAUAUUUGACCUUGUUGUACGACGAAGUCGUCUGGCUCUUUGAGGGGUAUUUUCGUCAACUGGGAUGAUUGUGUUUUUUUUUUCUCUGUUGGAAAGUUUGGACCUUUUCUGGAGAGAAUCUAUAAAUAUCGGGAAGAGAAUCAAAGGUUUUGCAGAGGAUUCGAUCGGAUCGGAGAAAAACGCCCAUGGGUUCUGAACAAAACGACAGUACCAGCUUCCGUCCUGCAGAGACGAAGCUUUGCGUCAAUGGCUGCGGCUUCUUCGGAACGGCGGCGAGCAUGAACCUCUGCUCCAAAUGCUAUCGUGACCUCCGCGUGAAGGAGGAGCAAUCCGCUUCAGCUAAAGCCGCAGUGGAGAAAUCUCUGAACCCAAAUCUGAAAACCCAACAACAACAGGGUGAUGCGAGUAGUACUCUCGGAGCCGAAUCCAUUGUCGGGCCACCGUCGGUGGGGUCCACAAGCGGCGGCGGCGGCGGCGGCGAUGGGGCAGCUUCCGAACCGCCGAGGCGGACGCCGACGAAGUGUUUCAGCUGCAACAGGAAGGUGGGUUUGACGGGUUUCAAGUGUAAGUGUGGAAGCAUGUUCUGUGGUGUUCAUAGAUACCCAGAGAAGCACGAAUGCCAGUUCGAUUUCAAAGGAGCGGGAAGGGAGGCAAUAGCGAAGGCGAAUCCCGUUGUUAAGGCCGACAAAAUGGAUAAGAUCUGAGGUUGUCUGGUAAUCCGAUGUUCUGAAAUGUCUCUGUACGCUCUCUCGUGAUUUCUGAUAGGUUUUUUCUAGGGUUUGUUUGUAGGGAACACUAGGUCGGUUGCUUUGCUAUGUGAUUUGAAUCAUUUGGUAAUAUGACUGGUUGGUGGAUUAUUGUUCCGUAACAAGAACUUGCUUAUCGAAGAAUCGUGUUCUCUUUUGCUA